CCUGUCUGUCUCCCUCAGCCUACACACGCGAGAAGAAGCCGUGGAUCGCGCCUCCAGCACGCGCACAGCGGCCGCUGGGCUUUUUGUUUAAUCGCACGUGUAUCCACCGCAUCUCUGUCUCUCUUUAACGUCACGCUUCUUAUAAAUAUCCUUCUAACGCUACGCUUAAAACGCUUUCUCCGAUCCUCGAGUCGGAUGAGAGACAGACAGGCAGGCAGACGGGCAGACGGGGCGUGAGACACCCGGCACCUCUCCGCCAUCCACGUGUUUUCUGUCGUAACUUUUUUUUUUAACCCGGCGUCGUUUUUCCUGGAAUCCCGGACCGCGCGCGCGGUAUCCCUCCGCCCGCGAGCUAGUCCCCGCACUUUAACUCGAAAAUACCGAAUACGCGAAAACAAACGCGCCCGCCGCCGCUCCCGGUGCUUCCGCCGCGGCUCGAUCCGCCGAACCGCCACCGGGCGACCGCGCCGCCGGCCGUGACGUCUCCCCCGGUCCUGGGCGUUUUGGCGCGGUUUUUCAGCCGGAAGGACGGGAGCAUAUAAGCGGAGGGACGCGCCGACCACACCUACAGUGCGCGUGUGUGCCUCCGCGCAGGAGAAACCCUGACAGAGUAUAAACACCAUGCUGCCCUGCUCACACUUUAACUUCACACGCAGAAAACACCUCCCUAGCUGAUCGCUCGGCCCCCCCGCCCCACGACCCGCUCCUCCCUGUGGACUCUAUUCGGAUAUUUCGGACGAUUCCGCCAUUUUUCCCCUCGUCCUCGUUGAGUCAGCGUGCGGAGCCCCGUUAAAGAUUCUGCGAGCAAACAUGUUGCAAAGCUUCUCCCAGUCUCAGGACUGGCUGUACACCGAGCCGCUGCUGUUCGACGACGAGUUCUGCCAGAGUCUGAUGAAGGACCUGCAGUCGCUCCCGACGCCCCCCCAGUCCCCGCCCAUGAAGUCCGGGCCGGGCGCCGGCAAGCCCCUGUCCAAGGAGGACCAGCUGAGCUACGUCUCCGACAUCCUGCUGGAGGACCACGACAUGCAGCUCAACUGGAACUGCGACUUCUUCCCUUCCGCCGCCGCCGAGAAGGACGGCGAGCUCAGCCUGCCCUGCUCCCCGCUGGAGGAGAGCGGCGAGGACUGCCUGUGGCGGUGCCUGAACGGCGACAAGAGCCUGGAGGAGAAGCUGGUCUCCACCCUGCUGGGCUCCAGCCCGCUGCUCUCGGACAUCAACACCAGCAUCUUCGAGGAGAUCGCCGGCUCCACGCUGGACUGCCAGAACCUGAUUGACGCCGGGGAGCCCUGCGAGUCCACGUCGGACUACGGCUCCGCCGGCGGCGAGCUGUCCACCUACUCGUCCAGCGACUCCGAAGAGGAGAUCGACGUGGUCACCGUGGUGCGCUGCUCCACCAGCCCCUCCCCCCGGACGCCGUUGGCCGACGUCUCUGUCCGUCAGCAGAAGCAGGAGGAGGAGCGGCGAGCCAUCCACCGCCACAACAUCGAGAUCCAGCUGCAGCACAACUACGCGGCGCCGCGCCCCCCCUCGCCGCCGCCCUCGUCCAGCAAGCGCUCGCGAGGGACCGACGGUUCGUCGCACCACCGCCGCCACCACCACCACCACCACCGCCGUCGCCGCCACUCCCCCUCCUCCCGCAGCUCGUCCUCUUCACGAUACCACCACAGCAGCAGCCACCACAGCUCGUCCCGCAACUCGGCGGAGACGGAGGACGAGGAGGAGCGCCGGCGGACGCACAACGUGAUGGAGCGGCAGCGGCGCAACGAGCUGAAGAACUGCUUCGUGCACCUGCGCGACAACGUGCCCGAGCUGUCCAACAACGACAAGGCGUCCAAGGUGGUGAUCCUGAAGAAGGCGCGGGACUGCAUCUACGGCCUGGAGGACGAGGGACACCGGCUGCAGUCCCGGAGGGACGCGCUGCGAGCCAAACAGGAAGCGCUGAAGCACCGGCUGCAGCAGCUCCGCAGCUAGGCGGGGCCCGCAAGAGACCUCAGAGACUACGUCGGGUUGUUAAGGGGGAGAGACUUGUACAAAGAGGGUGGAGCCGGGGACAAAGGGCGGCGCGCUCAAAGGUUUUGACAUUUUAAGGACUUUCUUAAGACCAGAGAUGCGGACGGCAGAGACUCUCACGCGUUGCCUCAGAGCUGAUCGUUAGACCGUAGGAUGCUUUUUUUUUUUUUUUUUUUACAGGAUGGAGCUAGUAGACGUUUUGUUUUGGCUGGACGCAAACUGCAAGACUGUGUUUUGUUUUUGUUUUUUAAUUCGUGUUUGUCGUGUUCUUUUCUUUGUGCUACUUUUUGGGGGACGCCGAAUGGCAGCGACCAAAUAACAGGAAGCCACAUCAGCUUGGUAGUUGAAUGAAACUUGAAUAUUGUGCUUUCAGGAUUGUCUUUUAUAGCCACACUAACCAUUGAUCCCUCCACGCGGACGCACGUCUGCCGGCGGCUUCAACGUUAUUUGGUCAACUGCACUUUUUUUUUUUUCCGAUUCCAGUUCAAUUCCAAACCGGGCGCCAUUUUAAUCGUUUUUUUGGAUCAGGUUGCAUAAAUGUUCUUCAGUGUGCCUUUGGCCUCAGGCGGACCCCCCCCCCUCCGGGGGGGCCGACACCACUCUGCUAUCAGGUUUAAUGUGUGUCUGUGACGGUUAUUUACGCUGCAGGUUUUCUUAACGGCUGAACGUGCGCUCGCUGCGUCUUCGUGUUGGAGCAGAUUUCAGGUUUCUCGGGCCGGAGAAGUGGAGCGACUGAGCCGACCAGCCCAGGUCGGGACAGAAGCUGGGCGCCGCGUUCUGUUUGACACGGCGGCGGUACUGUGACUCGCUGAGCGGCCAUUUUCAGAUGCAAGGGGGGGGGUCCAAUCCGCUAUUGGACGACGGUUAAAUGUCUCACCAGUCAGUGGACGACGGUUUGGAAAGUUUCGCUCGGGCAUCAAACGUGUCACGUUUCAGGUUACAUCAUCGUGAAUAUAUUGUAAUUCAAUUAAAGGUUCAUUUCUUUACCUUCUGAGCAGAUGUGUCGCAUGAUUUUACCCUUUGAAGACUAGUUUCGGAAUCGGUUCCCAGCACGUACGCAAACGAGGGCCGCCGGCCAGCGUUCCCCUUUUAAAAGAUGGGCGGCUUUCACGCGCCUCAUUUUGUGCCCGAAUAAACUAAAACUUGUGUGUCCAAAAUAAAGUAUCUGCCGGGGAAAGAGAGCGCCGUUCUAAACUAAUGCUGUUCUGUGUGAGGUUAUUCUAAUAAAUUAAAAUAAUGGGGUUCAAAUGUUCGACUGAAAUCCAUUCUACUCAAACUCGUCGGCGGCAGAUGUUCUCCGUUUGUGCCGUUUGUCGUGCAAUUUGUGUCAAGUGUCUUGAGCGUCUUUAAUCUGGAGUUCUUCCUUUCCGGCGGCGUCCUUUGACCCCGGUUGGUAGGAAUGACGGCGUGGAGGAGUUUUAAAACCUGUUGCCUUGAAAUGCAUCUUGUUCAGGACUUUCCUGUUUGUUAAUGUCGCUGUCUAGUUAGAACAUCUUCUGUAGUGUUUUUUUUAAAUACAUAUUUUAUUUUUUAAGAAGCUUUAGCAUGUUUGGGUGUUUUCCCCCAAACUUCUCCCCGUUUUUUUAGUUUUUGGGGGACAACGUUGUUGAGGAUGUUCUAACAAGACAGCCGGGGUGAUUUUUGUUCUUCGCAUGGAAAAACCUACCUCCACUCGGCUGCCGUCUGGCCGCUUUCUUUUUUUAGUUUAAAUAUUGUACAGACUUUCUCUUUUUUUCAAAGAUGUUUAUUUUUGUUAUUGUAUCAUAAAUUAUUCUAGAAUUCUUUUUUCUUUUUUUUGGAAUUUGAGGAUUUAAAAAUGUCAUUCUUCACCACGCAGCACUUUUAAAAAAUAUUGAUGUAAUUAAAGAAAGAAUGAAUGAGAGCUGGUCAGUCUUUGUAAUUCAAUCGCACACGCAUUGAAUGUACACCGUAAGUAAGACGUACUUCAGGGAGGUAGUUUUAUACAUUUAAUUGUAGUUUCAAAUCUCUUGAUUAAAAACCGGAACAAUGGAUAACAAUUUGUGUCUAUUUAUACACAUUCCAUUUUUUUACAUAAAGGGUAACUAGCUAAUCGUCAAUAAAACCUUAUUUACUGAGAAAUGUCAUAAAAUUACUGUGAAAUCUUAACAUCCAUGUCAGAUUAAAAUCUGAAUUUGUCAGCGCUAACGAAAGCGUUCUACAGUCAUUAAGUGAUGCUAAAACAGCAGCCUGCUUCCUUGUAUAGAUUUGGCCAUGUGCUUAAAAGAUCAAUAAAUCAUUCUGAUAUUAA